AAAUAUAUUAGUCUCUUUUUUGUUUCCGAGUGUCGACACAGAACCAAGUGUGUAGCGAUAACGAAAAGCAAUAUCAAUCUCUGUUCUUCAUCAGUUGCUUGAGCUAUGGGGAAGAGGAAGUCGAAAUCAAAGCCGCCUCCUAAGAAGAGAAUGGACAAACUUGACACUGUCUUCAGCUGUCCUUUCUGUAGCCACGGCACCAGCGUCGAAUGUCGCAUUGAUAUGAAGAACUUAAUUGGGGAGGCAAAUUGCAGGAUUUGUCAAGAGAGCUUCAGCACCACUGUUACAGCACUGACAGAGGCCAUUGACAUAUACAGUGAAUGGAUUGACGAGUGCGAACGUGUGAACAACCUUGAAGACGAUGAUGGUCCUUAGGUUCUAGUGACAGUCUGUUUUAGUUGUGUAGACAGUAGCCUGAGAUGAUCUGAAGCUGUCUUUAAGCUUUGAUGUUAGUUCUGUUGAUAUUUCUAUGUUUUAUUACUAAAGUUGUACCUGAAGUUACGAAAGCCUCUUGGGUUUGAUAAAUAAGCUCCAUGUGUGACAUGCUUUCUAUGUUCAAAUAGUUUGAAAUAGAUAUGGUUGUUAUCGUGUAUUA